AUGGCGCCUCGUUCCCGGUCGGUUGAACCUGAUGAGAGCGAGAGCGAGAGCGAUGCCAGGUCCAAUGUGAACGGGAUCUUUUCAGACACCGGAUCUGACAGUGAAUCCAACAGCAACUUGGAGCUCGACAGCGAAGCCUUGGACGAUGAUGGUUGUUCAGGCGAGGGUCUCUUGGGCGAUGAGGGCCAGAUGCCUCCGGAACGCUACCUGGCUGAAGCAGAGGGCUUGGGUGUCUCGCAGCUUCGACAGAAGUGGUACAGCGAUGGUACCCAGGAAAAACUGGACGAGACCCGCGUGUACCGGAACAGAUAUUGUCGGCACAUCAGCGUUGACCCAGUGCAGCACUGGAAAUGGAUCUACUGUAUGGUUUCUUCGGCUCUCGGCGCGAUAUUCGGCGUGGAGUCAGUGUCAGGGCUCAGCAAGAACACGAUUGUGAAGGUGAAGGAUGUUAUUGCUAUUGUGGCCGAGCGGAUAGUUCUCGAACUUACCCAGAGGCCGAAGAAGAACAUGUACAUCGAAGACGUCGCCGAAUUCGCUCGCGUCCUCUUAACGACCACCGAGAUGACGUUUGAUUGCGGCUGGCAGCGUAUUCAAAUCCUGUUCUUCACCCAGCUCGGUGCCAUCACUGCGAGCCGUCCGAAGGCACUCUUGGACCUUCGUUAUAAAGAUAUGGUACUGACUCUGAUCCAAUAUCCGGAAGGAGGGCGCCCCCGACUGUUUAUUUUCCUAAAGUCAGAGUUCACAAAGAAGUUCCUUAGAAAGAAAGCUCCCAACGAGUUCAAGAUUCCGGAAAUUACCUUCGAUCCAACUCUAGUCCUCAGUCCGCAUGUUUGCCUCCUGGGUAUGCUCUUUUAUAUCAAGGGCUUCAAGACGCUUUCUACGAUGGGACCGGUGCUGGACUCCCCAGAGAGACUCUAUAGCCUCGGGGCGGUUCGGGAAACUAUGGGAUAUCGAAUCGCCUUGGAGACGCAGUUGACGGUGUCCACGGUGCGAUCCUGGAUGCGCCGUGUGGGCGAGAUCACAGGCUUUGAACAGGUCAUCAAGCCGUACCUUCUACGAUACACUGGAGCCAAGGCCUUCAACAGCAACGAGGUAACGGACGCUCUCCAGAACGCCAUGCUCCAACAUGCAGGCAUCCGCAAGUUCAUCCGACAUUACGAGGUGGAUGUAGAUGUCGACGUGCAGGGCAUCGUUCGCAAAACAGGAUCCCAGAGCCACUUGGUGAGACUCGCUUGCUCGCUAAGUGCGUCGAUUCACCCAAAUCGACCGUAUCGGCUCUCCACCGAAGAAUCGAAGUCCCUCAAUGACACCCGGGGGGUUCGCGCACGUCAGGACACCGUCACCGAACGCAGGCGGAAGUGGGAGGAUCGAAAUGCGAAAUGGGAACGUACCAACUUGGCAUUUCAAGACGCUUUUGGCCAGCUCGGUGAAAAAGCACUUUCCAAGCACCAUAAUCGAUUGCUGGAAAAGCUGGAACUUUUCGAGGAUCGGAUGUUGGAGGCAAAGGCAAGGUAUAACAAAGCCGUCCGUGAACUACGCAAUGAGAAACAGCGACAGCGGAACUGGCGAAUUCGGGAGAACCUGGAGCGGUAUAAGAACGAGCAGCCCGUGAUUGACCUCGAACGGCAGCUCGCAGGGAAUCUGGUCGACACCAAAGUAGCGGGGACCCUGGAGAAUAAACGGUUCAUGCCUCCGGAGCACCUGAUGGUGAUUGACACCAUGCUGACCUUGCCGGGUGCGACUCUCGAAGCGGAGUACCCGCGCCGAAUCAACGCGAUCAAUGCAGUAACUGCGUUCUGCGCCGUGGAAGAAGGGCGGCCCACGCGUCGAUCGCUUAAUCUCCCAGCGAUCUGUAUCCGACGAUGGCGGCUGUGA